AAAAACAGAAAGAAGAAGAAGAGCAGCGGGAGGAAGUAGGACCUUGCAAAGAUGGUGAUUUUCAGUGUUUAUGUAGUGAAUAAGGCUGGAGGUUUAAUAUACCAGUAUGACAACUAUGUGCCGAGAACUGAGGUGGAGAAGACUUUUAGCCACCCUUUAGACCUGGUGCUUAAGCAUCACGACGAAAAAGUGGUGGUGUCGUUUGGUCAACGGGACGGAAUUAAAGUGGGGCACGCAGUGCUGUCUAUCAAUGGAGUUGAUGUUCUCGGAAAAAACACAGCCGAUGGAAAGGACAUCCUAGAAUAUUUAAAGGACCCAGCAAAUUAUCCGGUGUCGAUCCGGUUCGGACGGGCUCGCCUGAGCUCCAACGAGAAGCUGAUGCUAGCUUCCAUGUUUCAUUCGUUGUUUGCCAUAGGUUCACAGCUGUCUCCUGAAGUCGGCAGUUCAGGUAUCGAGAUGCUGGAAACCGACGUCUUCAAACUCCACUGUUUUCAGACGCUUACAGGUAUAAAAUUUAUUGUGCUGGCAGACCCUCGGCAGUCCGGUAUCGACGCCCUGUUAAAGAAGAUUUACGAGAUCUACUCAGAUUUUGCUCUGAAGAAUCCGUUCUAUUCUCUGGAAAUGCCCAUCAGGUGUGAACUAUUUGAUCAGAACCUGAAAAGUGCGCUGGAGGUUGCAGAGAAAGCUGGAAACUUUGGAGCGGGGUCCUAAACCAGAUUGGAGCUUAUUCCUCCUCAUAGCAUAUUGUAUAUAAAAUGAUUAACUGGAAGGAAACCAGUGCAUUUUUUGUAUUUCUUUUGUCUGAAACUCUUAAUCUGACUUCUUAUCAAGGCUGUAUACAUAUAAAUUAAGUGGUGUAAAUACUUGACACAAUACAUCCUAAACACUGUAAUGCCUGGAUGUGUUUUAAUGUCAGUUAUUAGUGUUUUAGUCUCUUGAAUUGACAGGUGGUUGAGUAUCAGCUGUGUAAAAAAAUGAAGGGCAAUAGAGAUAACAUCUUUGGCACUUUCCAUUUAUGAUUUGUCAUUAAAACUUCUUUUUAAUAAAUGUACCAUUUGGAUCCUU